UUGAAUUUCGUGUUCUAUGUCCGCGAACUUCGCCGGGAUAUUUGAUUUAGGUUAAAAAUCAUUUAAAAAUAUUCGGAAAAAUUACAAUUUAACACGCAAAUAAUGCUUUCUUUUGCUCCUCCGACUUCCUAAACCAAACGAACACUCUCCAAACGACUUAAAACGUGUUUAAUCACACGCGAUACCCGCUUAUUUAACCUGAACUCCAUGCAAUAAUGUCCCUAGCAUUACAUUUGGGGCACUUUAAGGACCACCUAGUACACCUUAGACAGUUACUACCACAUAGACUCACCCUAUCCACCACACAAAAAAUAAUAGUAGUGUCUUUUUCUGCAAGUGUGUUGGUGGUAGGCGUCUUAGCAAGAUAUUUCAGAAGGCGGAAAAAGACCUUCGAUCCCUCACACUUCAGAGGUAGAAGCAAUGUGUUUAGCAGUAAGAGAUCAAGAGCUUCAGGGAUUCGAAGUCCAAAUGGAGAUCUGGGAAGUGUUGCGUCUAGUGGCAGACGGAGUGCAGCCUUCAGCAAUAUUUAUGGUGAGAGGUAUGUGAGGCAGAACUCGGUGAUUGCCAGUGGGAAAGCAUCAGUAGCCUCAGGGAGCCUUGUCAGCAGUGGACUGCCUGUGCCAGAGGGUUUGGAUACUGCAAAUCUGACCCCGCAGCAACUUGGAGUAAUGGAAACACGCUAUGAAACUACUUGUGUUAACAGUUAACAGUAUGAAGUCCAAAUUUUAUCCCAUUUGCAAUUUACUC